CAGCCAUGGAUAGACACAGGGUGUGACUCCGCCUAUUGAUCAAAGACCAUCCUCCUUCCUUUUGUCUUUUCUUCAGUUUGUUAACUUCUCUAAAAGCCGCGUGGACCGGGUCGAGCCGCUCCAACCUUUUGGCACGGCCUUCAUUUCCAUUCCGCCGUAGUCCUGGGAUUUUGACGCAUCCGGUCAAAGCGAACCAAGAAACAAGCGGAGAGGAGAGUUUCGUUCCAAGUCACAAUCUGUGUUUCAUGGAGUCUUCGUCAUGUAUCUUCACCGCAGGACUUAGGUUUGGAGCCUUAAUAUCACACCAUCUUUACAAAGUGACUACAUGAUGAGCAGCCGUUCAGUGGAGACCCUCAUUGACUCAGUGUUACAAAGGAAGAUGCCGUUAUUUAAUGGGACUAUAGCAGCCACAGGACUGUCAACGCCACAAAAUAUGUCUGCAUUCCUGGGAAAACAGACACUGCAGUUCAGUGGUGGCUAUUUUUCUUACGACCCCAGCGGAAAGGAUGGAGCAGGAUUUACUCCAUCCCUUUUGGAUGGCAGAAGUCCUGUGAGUCACCACUCUGGUAUGGAUGGACAGAACCACAUUAUUUACAGGCAAGACAGCAAGUCAGAAGAAGGCCAUUCUUAUUCCUCUCCCCAGUGUCACACCCCAGUGAAACAAGGGUUUACAUUAUACACUAAGAGUCCUGGAGUUAGCAGCCCUACAGCUGCAACGUCAGUGAUUGUUAGAAAACAAAAAAGUGGAAGCGAGAGUGCAUCUCCUCUAACUGAAAAAUCUGUUUAUUUAGCAAUUCCUAAGCCAAUUUAUGGCCAUAACCCUUGCUGCAAUGAACUGGGUUGUGUGAUAGGACAACGCUACAGUGUGGAACACAGGUCUCCUAGGAUAUCAAACCCUGUAUAUGAGCAUGACUGGAGGCAAAGUGAAGCUCACUACACUGAAACACUUCCCAUCCAGCGAACAGCACAAGAAACACUGGUGCAACAGAGAAGUUUACAGUUAGAGCCUGGCACAGAGCCUCUAAAGAGGAUAGCAGUGGAGACGUACAGCCCUGGGAGAGCAAGGACUUUGCCCGGGGUGGUUGAACCAAGCUACAGCAGUUACCCCUGCACCCCACCUCGCACACUGUUUGGUUCUUUAAGUGAGCAGAGCCAGCAUUUACAGACUUCCCCCAGAGCCUACCCCAGCCUGUACCCCUCCCAUCCUACAUAUGAGCAUAUGACCUCAGAGAUUUAUCAGGACCGCUCUCCCAUUUCCAAAUAUGGGCAGCUAACACAGCACCCAAUGUUUUACUACCCCCAAGCAAAUGUGGAGGUAGAAAACAGGACACAGUGUAAAGAUAUUAGCUCUAAGCACAGGGAAGAUGUCCCUGUUAUUCUUAAACAUGCAAUCCCAAAUUCCCAGGACCAUUAUGUACUGGCUCAGUCACUUCGUGGUGAAAUUUCUUUGCCCUUAUCUGGCACUGAAACACUGCCAAAUAAUUCCUUAUUGCAAGGAUAUGACUAUCCCUGUUACGCUGUCCCUAGACUUCAUUUAAAUACAAGCCACAUUAGAGCUGCUCUUAAAAGGCCCCCUGCCAUGCACUCCAACCGCUUAAAUGUUUCCCCAUCUAUCCAGCCUAUAGAUGACCCAAUAGUCUCUUCAGCCAUCCCACAUAAGGAAAAAUCCAGUGACAGCCUGCAUGCUGGGCAGUCACACACCUCCCCGCUAUUCCUUCAUUUGGACCAGACCAGUCCUACUGCACCUCUAAGAAAAUCAGAGGCUUCACCUCCCAAUGUACAAAUUAACAGAUUUUUCCCCCAGCUCCAUGGAAUUCACAGAGAUCGACCUGUCCUUUCACCAACUAGCAUCACCGUAGACAACUCUUGUGUAACCCAUGUACCAUGCACUAAACAGCCAAAGGGACUUCCCACUUCCCCCGUGUCACCAGUGGCGUGGCUGCCCCAUUUACCAAACCAUUGUUCAGGUCCAGUCCAUAGAGCUGUGGCAAAUAAUGCAUGUCGUCAGCAGAUCAUUUACUCCCCUGCAACAAGUAAAAAAACCCUAUCCAGUUCAGCCACUGGUUAUCCUAAAGGGACCCUGAAGAGAAGUAUUUCUCAUUCAUCUACUCCCAUCGUAAUAAAAGAGGAGGAGGAUGGGGAUUUAUGUGAAGUGGAACUGAGCAAGAAACGGCAAAAGGUGAAGGAUGAGAAGGAAGUUGGGAAUAACAGCGACUCUCCUCCUAUGCCAGUCAUCAACCAUGUAUUCAGCUUGGCACCUUACAAGGCAUACCUGCAGGCCUCUGGAGUGUUAUUGUCAGGUAGAUUACCUCAGAGAACGGAGCAAUCCUCAGAGGUCUGUGAAGAUCCACCGAAGCCACAACAGAAACAGACAAAACCUGAAAAAGUUGAACAGCAGCCUGAUGUCUGUCUUGUGUCCAAAGAAAAUUGUCCAGAUAAUAAAACAGAGAAGCCUGUUGUAGAGAUCUGUGAACUUAAAAAUAUCAAAGAGGAAAAAUUAGAUCCAGCAGACACAGACAAGCCUGUUCAGAGCUCUGUUAGUCAGGACUGUGUCAAAGUAAUCAAGGAAGAACCGGAUGAAUGUGGUUUGUCUGACUGUGGGCCCAUGUUGGUGAUUAAGAAAUGUAAACCUGAUGACCUUGAAAAUAAACCCUCACUGACAAAUGAAAAUACUACUUCAGAUGAAGUCAAACCUGUUGAGGUGACCGCACAGCAGAACACAUCUUCUCAGGGUGAUGAAUGCUUACAAAAUGAACAGGUGCUCGAUCCUCCCAAACCUAUUUCUCCACCUCAACCUCCACCUCCACGUCCAUCUCCACUGAAUUUUAAAAACAUUCCUCCCCAAUGCCUUAAACUUUCCACAUACAAAAUUAUUCUACCUGAUUCUAAGCUUCAUGACUCUGUUAAAAUCCCACCAAAGCCCCAACCAGUGCAGCCACCAUCUGAAAUCACAGAAAAAACAGAGGUCAAAAUGCCUGUUCGGAAGCACUUCCUUGAGCUCCACCAUUCCCUGUCCAAGCUGAUAUCCGAAUCUGUGUCAGCCUCAUCAGAGCAGUCUCUCAGAACCUGGCUGUCGCAGUUAGAACUCCCUGAACCAGCAUCUCCGACCACCAAAUUCCAGAAAGUGACUUGUUUGUUGGGGGUUAAAGGCAGGGAGACAUGUCUCAAUGAGGAGAUAAAGUCAUCUCUUAAUAAAGUUGUGGAGAGGUUGAGGGAGUACACAGUCCAGGAGCGCUGUCCAUUUCCACAUGUCAUGCGGGCUGGAGCGGUUUUCCUCCCUAUGCUGGUGGUGAAAGAGCUGCUUUUCCCAAUGGUCCAGGGCAGCCUCAUUGACCAGGUUCUGCAGGAACACAAAGUGGAACUUCGCCCCACGACGCUAUCUGAGGAGAAGAUUCUGAUCCAGCUUCAUAAACGAGCCUGUUCCUCCAGGCUCAGGAGGUUGAUGUCCCUCAAACACCUGCCUGACAUCUACGCCGACGUGGUCAAUCUUCUGUAUUACACCACUGUCUGUACACAUUUGGGAUUAAACAUGGAUGAUUCUGUUAACGGAGAGCCAGAUGAAGGUUCUGAAGUGUCAAGCGGCUGUACGAGUCCUGGAUUUUCAGGUGUCGGGGCCUUAGAAGCCUCAUCCUCAGAGUCACAUCCGCAAAGAGGUCGAGAAGCAAAUGGUAACGGGACAAAAAGCAGAGUAAAGAACAGUUCAAGGCGUAUGUUUCUGGACAGUUGUUUGUCAGAUGAGGAGAAACAAGACUCUGUAAAAGAGAUUGAAAGCGAAGAUGUACUAAACCAGUCAAGUACAGAAACCCAGAGUGGCCAUCAGUCUGAAGAGGUCGCGAACAGUGACGGUGAAUGUGUGGUUGCAAAGCAGGACGGUUAUAUAGAUGACCCACAAAGUAUGAUGUUGGACAAUUCAUGGACGCGCCCUCUGACCUCAGACGAUGUGUCUUCCAGUGACACUGAAAUCUCUGACGCUCAGCCCUCAGCAUCAGCCAAAUCACCGGUUAAAUCCAAGAGCUGUUCGGGCAUGAUUCUCAAACUGAGGAGGAUGUUUAGCGGAGGUCUGAACAGAAAAAGGGCCAGGUAUCAGGCGGUCUCGGAGUCAGGUGCAUUUACCGAUCCUUCCCUCUCACAAGCGGAAGACGAGGAGAAGGAAGGAGCCCGAGAGGGGACCGGUGAGAGGAGGACACCCAAAGUAACCCACCGGUGGCAGAGGGCUGGAGGCUUCUCCCCAGCUUUAAGACCCCUCAGUGGAUCCUCCAAAAGAAAACACAGGUCAUUACUGAAGAUCAAAUACUGUCCCUAUUUGUCUGCGUGCCACAGCGCUGAGCACAGGAGACGGUGGGUUUUGCGUUCGGCUGUAAAGAGAGCCAGGCGAGCCAUGAGGUUCUACUACCCAGACCUGGUGGGGAAGAGGAUUCACCAUCUGUAUGAAGAAAAUGACAAAUCAGAAGUUUGGUACAGAGGGGAGGUGCUGCGUAUCCAUGAGGCCCACUCCAACCCUUUAAAGACUAUAUUUGAGGUCAGGUAUGACAGCGAGCCAGAGUGGAAGUACUACUUAGAGCUGCUGAUAGACUAUAAAAAAGGCUGGCUCAAGAUUGAAGACUAGUUUUCUAUAUACAAAUGUUGCGUGGAAUUUUUUUUUUUUUUUUAAAUUUACCUGCUUGCUUUUGUUUUUAGCACCACACUAGUCGAAAAUAUGUCAGGCUUCCGUAAGAAUGAGGUCACACUGGAUACUGGUUGGUGAAGAGGUCAGCUACAAAUUCCAUUUCCAUUAAGGGUUACAGGAAGCACUGUAGAGAUCUACUGCUAAUGUGCAACAUCGUUAUCGUCACAGCUUCUUCAUCUAGUCUUCAUCAGUUGUUUUUUUUAGUUUAUGCAAAUUAGAUUGUAAAUGAAACAUCAUGAAUAUGCUGUACAUUUGUUUUUUUAAUGUAAAUUAUAAGCAACAAGGCAAUUUUGUGCCUUUAUUAUCCACAUUCUAGUUGUGAAAGAUGUCUAAUUCUGCGUGAAUCUUGUGAAGUUUUAAAGUUUUUUUUUUUAACAAGCAAAUGAUGUGAAGGCAUUUUUUUUUUUUAAAGACGUCAAUGCCAGCCAUCUGUAAGUUUACAUUACGAAUGCUGUUGCUUUUUAUUUUUUUUUGGUAGAGUGAUUUCCUAGUUUCAUUGUGGCCGGUGUUUUAUCAUGUAACUGAACCUGGAGAGGGAUUGAUGUGUUUUUGAAGCUGCUCAACAGGUCUUUAAUGACUCUCAGGCUUAAAUGUUCCCAUGACAUAGUGUUUAUUUAAUCACUGUGAACCUUAAGACCUCCACUGAAAUUUUUUAUUUAAUUUUAAUUUUCUGUAAUUUUUCUAAGAACUUUGUGAAUGAAAUUGUUAACAUUCUUACUAUGGUCUCAAAUAAAUGUUUGCAAUACUUUGGGA